ACGAAGCAGUUCAACCUCUCUCUGUGCUUGCUGGAUUUGCUUGUAUUUGUUCCCAGCCACUGCUCAUGUAAUGCACUCCCUUAACCAGGAAAUUAAAGCAUUCUCCCGGAAUAAUCUCAGGAAGCAAUGCACCAGGGUGACAACGCUAACUGGAAAGAAAAUUAUAGAAACAUGGAAAGAUGCCAGAACUCAUGUUGUGGAAGAAGUAGAGCCGAGCAGUGGGGGUGGUUGUGGUUAUGUGCAGGACCUUAACUCGGACCUGCAAGUUGGCGUUAUUAAGCCAUGGUUACUCCUGGGCUCACAAGAUGCUGCUCAUGAUCUGGAUACACUGAGAAAACACAAGGUGACUCAUAUUCUUAAUGUUGCAUAUGGAGUUGAAAAUGCAUUCCUCAGUGACUUUACGUAUAAGAGCAUUUCUAUACUGGAUCUGCCUGAAACCAAUAUCGUGUCUUAUUUUCCAGAAUGUUUUGAAUUUAUUGAACAAGCGAAAAUGAAGGAUGGAGUAGUUCUUGUUCAUUGUAAUGCAGGAGUUUCCAGGGCUGCUGCAAUUGUAAUAGGCUUCCUGAUGAAUUCUGAAGAAACCUCGUUUACCAGUGCCUUUUCUUUGGUGAAAAAUGCAAGGCCUUCCAUAUGUCCAAAUUCUGGCUUCAUGAAGCAGCUUCGUACAUAUCAAGAGAGCAAAGAAAGCAAUAAGUGUGACAGAUACAGGAAUUAGAAAGGGACAACAGUUCAUGAGUCACAUUCUAUCAGAUGAUGGAUAACUAAUCUCUGAAUUAGCCUCUAUAGCCAUCUUUUCCCUUUUUGGAUAGUAGACUAGCAAAAACUUCCUUUUCUUGUGCCUUUUUCAAGUGGAAACAGGUCAAUUUGGUUGAUCUGA